AUGUCAUUUGGGAAAGAGAACAAUUAUGAGCUAGACGUUAACGGCGGGAACAUGAGGUCUCAUUACAAGCCUCGUGUGUCAUACUAUUACAGUAAAGGGAUUGGCGACUAUCAUUAUGGAGAGAAGCAUCCGAUGAAACCUCACCGCCUAGCGCUCACAAAUAGCCUUGUUUUGGGUUACGGAAUGCACAAGUACAUGGAAAUGUACGAGCCUCAGCGAGCUACAAGAGACGAGAUAUGCGAAUUCCACGAUCAAGACUACAUUGACUUCCUGUCUAGGCUAUCCUCGCCGCCUACACCGACAAUGGUGAAUCUUAUGAAGCAAUUUAACAUGACGGACGAUUGUCCUGCUUUUCCGAACCUCUACGACUUCUGUCAGCAGUAUGCUGGUGCCAGUCUGUUAGGAGCGCGUCAUAUAACAUCACAGCGCUCUGAUAUUGCCGUUAACUGGACUGGUGGUCUCCAUCAUGCACACAAGGCUGAAGCUAGUGGAUUUUGCUAUGUGAAUGAUAUAGUGCUGGCUAUUCUCGAGCUGCUGAGGUUCCACCCGCGGGUGCUAUACAUAGACAUUGAUAUUCACCACGGUGACGGUGUGCAGGAGGCAUUCUACAAUAGCAAUCGCGUCAUGACAGUAUCGUUCCACAAAUACACAGGUGACUUCUUCCCCGGCACUGGUGCACUCGAUGAGACGGGCGAGGGCGCAGGCAAGCACUUCUCCCUUAAUGUCCCACUCCAGGAUGGAAUAGAUGACUAUAGCUAUGUAGCACUAUUCAAAAACAUCAUGUCUUCCUGCAUAGAAUCAUACAGACCAUCAGCAAUUCUGCUCCAAUGCGGAGCAGACUCACUUGGGUGUGAUCGACUCGGAGCGUUCAACCUAUCGAUUCGCGCACACGGAGAGUGCGUACAAUAUAUAAAGAGCUGGGGUAUACCGCUGAUGGUCGUCGGCGGGGGUGGGUAUACGAUAAGGAACGUAUCGCGUUGCUGGGCGUACGAGACGUCAGUGUUGUUGGACAUGGGAGUCAAUGACACACUGCCGCAGACAAGUUACGAUGAAUACUUUGCUCCGGAUUACGUCCUCCAUCCUCCUAUCGUCACUAAGGUCGAUAAUCAGAACAGCAAAGCCGGCCUCGAAAGGUUGGUGAGAGGUUGCAGGGAGCAGCUAAGGUAUCUUAACGGUGCACCGAGCGUACAGAUGCAAGAGAUUCCUCCGGAUAUCGCCCGCUUCAUGGACGCGGCGGAGUUGGGAGUGGACGAAAGAGAUGAAUUGCAGUGGGGCCAGACUGCCGCGAGUGAUACGAAACAUCCUGAUAGUCACGCGUCUAAUAAUGAAUUCUUUGAUGAUGAAGUCGAUCAGGACGCGCUGGCGCUCGAGCAGGUGAGGGGUGGUGAGCGGAUUAAGAUGCAGAUGCAGAUGCAGAGGCAGGAAAAUGAGGAAAUGGAUGAGAUGAUGGGUGGUAUGGUGGAUGGAGAAGAGAAGGAGGAUGAGCAGAUAGAGAAAGUGAGGAGAGAUGAAGAGAUGGUGCAGGCAGAUGAGGAUAGUGGUGACAAGCAAGUUGAGCAGGUUGAUCAAACGUCGGAAUCACAGCAAGCACAGUCAGAGCAACCGCAACAGCAACAGCAACAGCAACAAUUAGAUAGACUUAUCGAUCAAGCAGACACAACAAGAAUUGAACAUACGGAACAACCACAGCAAGCUGCACAGCCAGUUGUAUCAUUGGGGGAACAACCAGCCGUGCAAACAAUGUCUCGACCAGUUUCAGACUGGGCUGCAGAACCAAUGUCUCAUACCAUACCACAAACAGAACCAGAACCAGUUGCACAGAUGUCUUCACAACCGGCGUUGCAACCAGCUGCACAGCCAAUAUCAAACUCUGUUGCCCAACCAAUCACACAAAUAGGUGCACAACCAGAUGUACACUUGAAUGCUAAGCCACCUUCCCAGCCAGUAAUUGACGAAACCAUGGAAGGUGUGACAUCUGGACAGAAUGGAUCAAUUGCGCCGUUGAUGGACAAAGAAUCGACGACAUCUAGUCAAGUAAAAUUAGAAGACGGAGGUGAGGGCGCUGCAACUAGCAAUGCCAAUAGCAAUGCCACUAGUAAUGCCACUAGUAAUGCCAACGUGAUAAAGGUUAAAACAGAACCAGCUUAA